AUGCCCUCUGGAUCGCUUGGUCUGCCUUGGAUCGGUAACAGACAUCAGAUACCUGCUGUUAAAUUAUGGAAGAAGUUUGCAGAAUGGAACGAGCAAAUCGGUGACUCUCGACCUAGUUCCAUAGCUAGGCAGGGCUCCCAAACCAGCUUCAGUUUUAGGUACAGCUCAAGCUGCAUAAGAUCUCUUGGAAAAGAGAUUUACUCUGGUAGGCCACGAUUUGUGGUUGCCUUUGCCGAUGUAGCGUCAUCUCCAUCUGGUGCUGGAAUCGAAAAGGACGCAGUACCUUCUUCCUUGCGACGCUCCACUUCCAUCAAUGUCAUGAGGAAGGCACAGGCUGACCUGAAUAAUGUCACCGGGUCCGAUCCUAUCUUAGAGUUCCACAACAAAGAAAGCCUUGCGUACAUCAACGCGAGACCCUGCGGUGGCGGCCAGUCGCUGUGCUAG